UGAGAAGUAAACUAUGAAGAUGGAAAGCUAUAAAGUCGAAAUUAUACCAGGAACAAGUGAUAGCGUUUACAUUACAUUUCCAAAGAACCAGGGAAAAAAAGAAUAUCUAUUUCUUGAUGCCCUUACAAUUGAGUUAAGCGAAGCACCAAAGGAAAUCACCAUCCGACGGGAGAGAAGUUGGCGUCGUACUUUCAGAUCAUGGCGCUGCAUGUAUGUGACCAUUACCUCCUUGGACUCGGGGAAGGAACUCUACUUCCCUGUCUUCAGAGAGAUUGACUCAACUGGGUUGACUAUCAAGGAAAAUUCAGCUAAGUUGCCUCACAAUGAUACCUCUGAGGAGAGAAAGGAAUCUUUGCUCAACAAUCUCAAGUUUCGAGAAACAAUUGAUCAUCAUGCAAGAGUCCCAGACCCAGUUCCUGCGAUGUCUUCAAACGUGGCAGAAGCUUCUCCGACAGGUUCUAGACAAAAUAUCUUUCUCAGUAUUAUCCAGGGCAUCAUCAGCAUUUUUCCUGAGCAGUUGCAUUUCACUUACAAACCUGGCCUCCCAGGUUUUGUGAGAGGAGGGAACUUCUUUGAAUUGCCAAAAGAGCUGUGGUUUGAGACUGUCAAGAUUGUUACAUUGGCUUACAAUGCAGUCAAGAUUGAGGCACAGACGAUUUUCCUGAAACUUUGGAACUUUCGCCGCAAGUGGGAGGAAAUUGAUGACAUCAAAAAUGUGUUUUGGUUUCCAAGCAAAAAAGCAGCAUAUGUUGCAAAAAACUGGAAGGAAGAUACCUUUUUUGGCAAACAGUUUCUUCAUGGUUGUAACCCAAUAAUGAUCGAGAAGUACAAAGAAGGUCAGCAGAAAAUUCCAGUGGAGACUUUGGAAAAGGUGUACCCUGAUAUUGAGGAAAAUAUCAAGAAUGGAAGAAUCUAUGUGGUGGACUAUUGGAUACUGGAUAAAAUAGCGGCAGCUAUAUUCGAUACACCACAGUUCUUGGCUGCACCCAUUGUGCUGCUUCAACAGACUGCGAAUGAGCUAAACCCAAUUGCCAUACAGUUGAAGCAGGAGCCUGGAGAGGACAAUCCAGUUUUCACCCCACAAGACAAUAAAGCCUGGCUCUUAGCCAAGAUCUGGGUUCGGAACUCUGACUUCUACUACCAUGAACUGGUUUCUCAUCUUCUCAGAACACAUCUGAUGGGGGAAAUAUUCUUCAUUGCUAGCUACUAUAUGGCUGAUCAACAUCCAAUAUCAAGGAUUCUUCGUGAAACUGGUCGGUACACCUUACCAAUCAAUAUUACUGCCAGAAACACCCUCAUCAAUACAGGUGGAUUCUUUGUGGAGUACACAGCCAUUGGGAAAGAGCAUUGGGAGGUCUUAAAAAGAGCAACAAAGAAGAUCACCUAUGAGAGCCUCUGCCUGCCCGACAAUGUGAAGCAGCGUAGCAUCGACAAGCUGAAGAACUUUCACUACAGAGAUGAUGGCAUGGACAUCUGGGAAGCACUAUAUGAAUUUGUUCGUGGAGUGGUGAAUGGACUUUAUAAAAAUGACGAGGAUAUACAGAAGGAUCCAGAGCUCCAACAAAUGGUGUCUUUCAUAUACAACUAUGGAUUUCUGCAGAAGCCAGAUUGCCCCUCAAGCCUGAAAACAAGAGAAGAAGCCAUUAAAUACAUCACCAUGAUAAUGUUCACCUGCUCUGCCCAACAUGCUGCUGUGAACCAUGGGCAGUAUGAUAUCUAUGCCUGGAUGCCAAAUGGACCAACAACAAUGAGGAAGCCUCCACCCAAGGACAAGAAGGUGACUGAAAAAGACAUAAUGGACACUCUUCCAGACAUUACUACAACACUUCAGGCUAUGAAAGUGACUAGAUUCCUCAGCCAGGUUCCAAAAGACUUCGUGCCACUUGGAAACUACCCUGAGGAAGUUGCUAAUGAAAGCUAUAUGAGAGGUCCCCUCAGGGAGUUCCAAAAAACGCUGACGGAAAUUGGAAUGAAAAUCAGAGAGAGAUCAACACAAGAAUCAGAGAGAGAGUUCCCAUAUGAGUAUUUGGACCCUGCAGGGAUGGAAAACAGCAUCACUAUCUAAUGUAUGUCUGCAUGAACUAUCUUUUGGCACAGACUGAACAUGCACCUUGACUGCCAUUGGUCUGCCUCCCACCCAGUAACCUCACUACCUUUUGAUCUAAUCCAGGUAAUGGUAUUUUAUGGUCUCAGGUUACAAUUGAUAAUUUUGUUCUUGAUUACAUAGGUAAUUUGUACUAUUAUUGUAGUGAUGUUUCUGCUGAGGGAAUGAUGUUAGCCAAGGCUUACUCUAUUGCUCAUAUUAAUAAGGUGUAUCCACUUAUGUUUCUGUCAGUCACUAUCGAUCUGAAAUUAAUAUGUAAUUAUGCUGGGGCAGACUUUUCUGUAUUGCAGCAAGACACAUUUUGCAUAGACUAUCUUCAUCUGGAACCAUGUUUGUUUAACAUAAAUGUAUACUACAGUUGCUUAUAACGUCUAGGGUUGCUUAUUCCUUCUAUAAUUCAGUCACAUGGGUGCUGGUACUGCAUAUUGUAUAAGAUUUUGAAGAUAUUUGCAAAUACUUAUCAACACAACAAGGUAUCAUAUUCUCUCACAUUAUAAGCAUGUGGUUUUGUAAACCGUGUGAAUGUAAUUCAGUUGCUUUGCAAAUAACUUGUCAUUAAAGUAAUUAAUUUUUCUUUA